AUGGCCCACGCAGCAGUCCUCGCCGAAAAGGAAGAGUUCUCCGAUGCAUUCUUCCCUCCACCAACCACAUCUACGACUCCCUUCCUCCAGAAGCCGAGGAUCAAGUCCAACCCAUUUCUUAGUCUCGCAGACGCCGACAACAUGAAAGAGGCGGAGGUUCGCGCAAAAUUCACACGGGCGAUCAAUAAGCACAAUCUCAUCCCCGGCUUCAAGGUCGCGGAAUGCGGAGAGAGACCCGAUGCUUGGGAGCCCGAAGAUGCAGAGUACAAACUGAAGGUCGACGCCGCGGUCUAUCUCGCCAAGGAUGCUCCUACCGACAGUCGUCCUCACUGGGCCGACCAGAUCAUCCCUAUCGAGUUCAAGCGCGACACUGUCGCGCUCGAUCCAUUCGACGACUCCAAGGAGAACAUCAAUACUUCCACCGACACGCGCAGGAAGGUUCGCGGGCAGAUCAUCUCAUACGCCGAGUUCAUCUUUGCCGUCCAGCAGCGCGUCGCUCUGUUCAUGUUCGUCGUCAUCGGCAAACAGAUCCGCUUCGUCCGCUGGGAUCGUUCCGGUGCGGUGGUUACACGUUCGUUGAACUACGUGGAGAACUGGAGGUUCCUCUGCGAGAUCCUUUGGCGUAUCUCCAACAGCUCCGUUUCCGAUCUCGGUCUCGAUCCUACCGCUACACGGUUGUAUCCCGACGAUGCCGACUACCAGCGCAUGGAUGCCGAUGCCCUCCCCAACGACUCGGACGCAGACGACACUGAACGAGACCUCAUGCCCGAGGAGCUAGCGGACGACAGCAAGUACGUGUUCAAGUAU